AUGGAUAAAUACACCAACAUUCACCACCCAGACUAUCUCCCUGGUACGUUCAACAUUUACUCCUCCAGCAGCCUCGAGAAUGGAGUGAUCUAUGAGUCAAGCCUUCGCAAGACUACAGAAGAUGUGGUGCUAAUUCCGCAGCCGUCGGAGUCGCCAAAUGACCCGCUCAACUGGUCCAAGGCCAGAAAAUUCCUUCACUUUGCACUAAUGUCUUUCAUAACUGCUUUCACGGCUGCAACUAGUAAUGAUGCAGGUGCUGCACAGGAUUCUUUAAAUGAGUUUUAUGGAAUCUCGUAUGAUUCAAUGAAUACAGGAGCCGGCGUACUGUUUCUUGGGAUUGGUUGGAGUACAUUAUUUUUAGCUCCUCUCGCUAAUCUCUACGGUCGCAAAAUCACUUACAUUAUAUGUACAGCUUUGGGGCUAGCAGGAGCAAUUUGGUUUGGGUUUGCCAGGAGAACUAGCGACACAAUUUGGUCUCAGCUUUUUGUCGGCAUUAGCGAGUCUUGUGCAGAAGCGCAAGUCCAGUUGUCGCUGAGUGAUAUUUUUUUCCAGCAUCAGCUAGGAUCUGUGCUUACCGUUUACAUUUUGGCCACCAGUGCAGGUACCUUUCUUGGCCCUUUGAUCGCAGGCUAUAUUUCAGCUCUAACCAGUUUUCGCUGGGUUGGCUGGAUUGCUGCCAUAAUUUCGGGUGCGCUCCUUAUCAUAAUUGUGUUCGGUUGUGAGGAAACAUACUUUGACCGGAACAGGUAUGUGACGCCGGUAUCAAGGAAGGCCCACCUGAGAUCCGGCGGUAACUACGAUUCUCAAUGCAGUGCACAGCCCCUGUUGGCUUCACAGGACAACUGCGAUGAAUAUGGUUUCAAGCAUGAUCCCAAAAACGUUCCAAAUCAAAAGACGGAAAAAACAACCGAGGUCGAACCUAGUUUCAACGCUUCAAUCGAAGACUUCAAACUGAUUGAUGGGUCAGAAGAAAAGUUGAAGCCCUAUUAUAAAAGGGUCGCCAUAAUUACCAAAUCCACCAAUCUUCGCGGCUGGGGUGUCAAACAGUAUUUCAAUUACCUUGGAAUAAACAUGAGAAUGUUUCUAUUUCCCCCUGUGUGGCUUUCCGGCCUUUUCUGGGGUAUUCAGGAUGUCUUUCUUACAUUUUACUUGACCACUGAAGACACUUAUUUCCCCGAGGCGCCCUGGAACUACAGCGACUAUGGUGUUGCAAUUAUGAAUGUCCCCACACUCAUCGGUGCAAUCAUUGGGUGCAUUUAUGCAGGCAUAGUCAGUGAUUACUUCGUUUUAUGGAUGGCUCGCAGAAAUCACGGUAUCCUAGAAGCAGAGUACAGGCUAUACUUCUCAUUCGCCACUGCAAUUAUUGGUCCAGCUGGUUUGCUGAUGUUCGGCAUAGGCGCUGCUCGCCAGCUUCCUUGGCAAGUAAUAUACGUUGGUCUUGGCUUUAUUGGCUUUAGUUGGGGCUGUUCAGGUGAUAUUGCGAUGGCUUAUUUGAUGGAUUGCUAUCCUGACAUGAUUUUGGAAGGCAUGGUGUGUACUGCCAUCAUCAACAACACAAUUUCGUGUAUUUUCACGUUUGUCUGUUCCUACUGGUUGGAUGCAUCGGGCACUGAAAAUACGUACAUCGCGCUUGCUGUUAUUAAUUUUGGAAUCACAAUGCUUGCAGUUCCAAUGUUCAUAUGGGGCAAGAAAAUCAGGCAAGCUACAAGGAAAUGGUACAUUAGAUCCGUAGGAGUCAGAGAUGGUGUAUAA